AUGACUCAGAAAGUAUUAGUUAUAGGUAGCGGAUUUGUUUCCUCUCCAAUUGUUGAAGAAUUAGCAGGUGAGGAAAACAUCAGUGUGACAGUUGCUUCAAGAUCAAUUGGAAACGCUCGUGAACUGGCCGAUAAAUUUAACUGUAAUGCCAUUGCAUUGGAUGCAACUAACGCUGACGCUUUAGACGCGGCGCUUGCGGACCAUGAUAUUGUUAUUUCGCUGAUUCCGUAUGUGUACCAUGAAGGUGUAGUAAGGUCUGCUAUCAGACAGAAGAAGAACGUGGUGACUACCUCUUAUAUCUCUGAUGCAUUGAAAGCGUUGGAGCCUGAAAUUAUUGAGGCUGGAAUUACGGUGAUGAAUGAGAUCGGUUUAGAUCCUGGGAUCGACCAUCUAUACGCAGUGAAGACUAUCGAUGAGGUACAUCGGGCUGGUGGUAAGAUCAAAUCUUUUAUUUCUUACUGUGGUGGAUUGCCUGCUCCUGAUGCGAAGAACAAUCCAUUUGGAUACAAGCUUUCUUGGUCCUGCAGGGGCUUCUUGCUAUCCUUGCUAAACUCUGCCAGAUAUUUGAAAAACGGUAAGAUCGAGACAAUUGCAGCAGAGGAUUUAAUGGCCUCUAGUGAGCCAUUUAAGGUUACCGAAGAGCUGCAAUUCGAAUGUUACCCUAAUAGAGACUCCACCAAGUUUAAAGAACUGUACCAAAUCCCCGAAGCUGAGACCUUCAUAAGAGGUACUUUAAAGUUUCCGGAAUUCAUGCCCCUUGCCAAAGGCCUAUUGGACUUAGGUAUGUUUGAUCAAAAGCAGAAUCCAAUUUUUGCAAGCGAGGCUCAAUGGAAAGACGCCUUCGCUCAAUAUGUUGGUGCUGCUUCGUCUUCCAAAGAAGAUUUAGAGGCUGCUAUUGACGCAAAGCUCCAAUUUAAAAACCAAGAAGAGAGACAGCACUUCAUUGGUGCUUGUGAAUGGAUAGGAUUCUUCUCAGAUAUCCCAAUUAGUCCAAGAGGAACUGCGUUAGACGUUUUAUCCGCUAGACUCGAAACCCUAAUGCAGUACAAGGAGGGAGAGCGUGACAUGAUUUGCUUGCAACACGUGUUUGGAAUUGAGUGGGCUGAUGGUUCUACUGAAACUAGAAAAUCUACGAUGGUUACCUAUGGUGAACCUAACGGAUACAAGACAAUGGCUACAGCUGUUAGUUAUCCUUGUUUCAUAGCUACCAAGUUAGUUCUUGAUGGUACUAUUAAAGGUCCUGGAUUACUGGCACCAUACUCUCCUGAAAUUAACGAUCCUAUUAUGAAGGAGUUGAAGGAAAGAUAUGGUAUUUUCUUAGAGGAAACUACUGUUGAUGCUUAG